AGCCAGUCGCCGGAGCUCGGGGCUCAACUCGUGGUCAUCGACAGCUUCCCGGAGCAGACGUUCCUGAUGUUCCGGACUCGCAACGAGCGCUUCUGGAUCGGCCUCUCCGACCGGAAUUCCGAGGGAAUUUGGGAAUGGAUCGACGGCACCGACUACGGCUCCUCCUUCACUUUUUGGAAGGAGGGGGAGCCGAACGACAGCGGGGGCAACGAGGACUGCGCCCACCUCUGGCUGGGGGGCCGCUGGAACGACGUCCACUGCAACUACGAGUGCUUCUUCAUCUGCGAGAAAAAACUCCCCCCCUGAAAAAAAUCCCUUUUUUCCCAAGGAAUUCCCAAGAAAAACCUCCCCCCCUGAGGGAAAUCCCUCUUUUUUUAAGGAAUUCCCAAGAAAUCCCUCUUUUUUCCCAAGGAAUUCCCAAGAAAAACCUCCCCCCCUGAGAGAAAUCCCUUUUUUUUUUAAGGAAUUCCCAAGAAAAACCUCCCCUG